AUGGGCAGUAGCGCUGAUCGAGCAGCCCCGCCCAGCACGCCCUGCCCCAGGCCUUCCCAGGAGCUAUUAAAGCUGCGGUCUGCAGCAGCCCAGAGUCCACCGCUGGCUCCAGUGCAGCUCAUCGGAUCCCACUUUCGGCGCCUCGGGGCCCUGCUGUGCUCCGAGCUCCUGCUUCAGGGAUCUCCACAGGGCCUUUGCGACCUGGGCUGCCGGCUACUGCGCCGGCGCCCACUGGUGGAGGGUCCAGGCAUCCACCUGCCGCGCUGUCUGACAACGCUGGACCUGGUGUCACUGGGCGUGGGCGGCACACUGGGGGCAGGCGCGUACGUGCUGGCCGGUGAUGUGGUGAGGGACCAGGCCGGCCCGGGCAUCGUGUUCAGCUUCCUGGUGGCCACACUUCCCUGCCUGCUGUCCGGGCUCUGCUAUGCCGAGCUGGGCGCCCACGUGCCCUACUCCGGGUCUGCCUAUGUCUCCAGCUAUGUCACCGUGGGGCAGCUGCUGGCCUUCGUCACCGGCUGGAACCUCAUCCUGUCCUACGUCCUCGGUGCAGCCAGCGUGGCCCGGGCCUGGAGUGCGGCCUUUGACGGCCUGAUCAGCGGGUACGCAGAGCAGGGGCUGGGCACCCGCAUCUCCCUGCACGCCCCACAGGUGCUGGCCGCGCAUGCCGACUUCGUGGCGCUGGGAGUGGUGCUACUCCUCACGGUGCUCCUGGCGGCUGGAAUGCGCGAGUCGGUGCUGCUCACCCGGCUGUUUGCGGGGGUGAACCUCCUGGUACUGGCCUUCGUCACCGUCGCCGGCUUUAUCAAGGGAAAUCUGCGCAACUGGGAGCUCAUGGCGCACGACUACUUGCUGGCUGAGUCCCGCCUCAACGGCACGCACAGUCUGGGCGCCUUUGGUGAAGGAGGCUUCUUCCCCUUUGGCAUGGCUGGGGUCCUCCGCGGGGCGGCCACGUGUUUCUUCGCCUUCAUUGGUUUCGAUGUCAUCUCCACGGCGGGGGAAGAAGCCCACAGCCCGCGGCUCGCCAUCCCGCUCAGCUUAGUGGUCUCACUCUUUGUCUGCUUCAUGAUGUACUCUGGCCUCUCGGCGGCCCUCACCCUCUUGACACCCUAUUAUCUGAUCCGGCCCGAGCGUGCCCUCUUCGAGGCCUUCAUCCACGUGGGAUGGACCCCUUUCAGCUAUGUGGUGGCUGUGGGCACCCUGUGUGCCCUCUCCUCCAGCCUCUUGGGUGCCAUGCUCUCCAUGCCUCGGGUCAUUUUUGCCAUGGCGGAGGAUGGGCUCCUCUUCAGGGGCCUGGCCUGGGUCCAUGCUGGCACGAACAUCCCCGUGUUGGCCACUGUGGUGUCCGGGGUCAUCGCAGCGUGCAUGGCCUUCCUGUUCGAGCUCAGAGACCUUGUGGACCUCACAUGCAUCGGGACCCUGGUGGCCUGCUCCCUAGUAGCCUUUUCUGUGCUUGUCCUCAGGUUCCAGCCGGACGAGGACUCGGGUUCCAGCAAGGAGAACACCAGGGUGGAAUCACAGGAGACUCAGGCUGAGUGUGAUGUGAUCUCUGCGGACCCUGCACCGCAGACAGGGUGCUUGAGGCUCGGCUGGGCCCUCUGUGUCCCUGGGAAUGCCACCCCGUCUGCAGGGUCUGGCCGGCUGGUGUACUUGUGCGCCAUGGUGCUCGUCCUGCUGCUGAUCGGCCUGGGCCUGGUGCUGGCCUGGUGGCCCGACCGCCUGUUCUCAGGAGACCUGGCGUGCGUGGUGGGGGUCUCCCUGCUGCUGCUGCUGACCUCAGGGGCCCUGGGUGUCAUCUGGCGACAGCCCCAGAACCCUGCCCCGCUGCACUUCAAGGUCCCCGGCGUGCCCCUGCUCCCGGCACUGAGCAUCGUCAUGAACGUCUGCCUGAUGCUGCAGAUGAGCCCGGCCACCUGGACCCGCCUGGCCGUCUGGAUGCUCGUGGGGCUCGCUAUGUAUUUUGGAUAUGGCAUCUGGCACAGCUUGGAGGAGCAGGAGCAGGAACAGGAGCAGCAACAGGAGCAGCAACAGGAGCAGGAGCAGGAGCAGGAGCCCCAGCCUCCACCUGUGGCACCGCGGCCGCCACCUGUGGCACCCCGGCGCCUGCCCCAAGAAACCCAGUGCUGAGCUGACGGGUCACCAGCUGGGAAUGCCCACCUAUAUUCCUUUGCUAGGGAGGGAGCAGCUUCAUGAUAGCGCUUCAAUAAAAGCUUUUAA